AUGUCGGCGCAACCGAGGCCACUGCGAGUGCUCUCCCUGAAUUGCUGGUCAGUCACUCCUACUAAAUACCCAAUAUGUCCGCAUCUCAUCACAAGCGUCACCUCACCCGCUUGACAGGGGCCUCAAGUUCGUCGCCGACAAGCGCAGGGAGCGUCUACUCGCCAUCGCCGACUGGAUUGCGACUCACUCCAACCCACUCUCCUCAUCUUCUUCACGUAACGACGAUGACGACGAGGAACGCGCCUUUGCGGCGAGCGUCUCCCCCGGCGACUCGCUCGCGUUCCAGUCGUACAGCCAGGGAGGGCCCUACGACGUCAUCGCGCUGCAAGAGAUCUGGGUCAGGGCCGACUUCGAUGUCGUCGCCGCCAGGGCAAAAGAAGCAGGCUUGAUCUACGCCCGCUUCUUUUAUAGGCGAGUCACCGCCGAUGAAGAACGCGCGCUGCUGCUGCUAAACUGACCGAGACGAGCCCGCUUUCCGUUCAGUGGAGCUAUCGGCUCGGGGCUGGCCAUUUUAUCGGCACAUCCGAUCGUGUCCUCCUUCAUUACACCCUACGCUCUCAAUGGAUACCCACUCCACUUCAUCGCCGGAGAUUUCUUCGCCGGCAAGUCCAUCUGCGGGUGUACGAUCGAUCUCGGGGCCGACGUCGGUUCAACGAGAUUGGUCGACGUGCUCAACACCCACAUGUUCGCACCUGGAGGCGAAGGGGAUGGCAUCGAUGGCGCUCAUCGGGUUGCACAGGCGUGGCAGUUGAACGAAGUGGUCAAGGAAAAGCUCGAAAGGGGUCGGCAUGUCUUGCUUGUGAGUCCGAAGACAGACGAGUCAAGUUCGCACUUUCGGGGUCAUUUUCUGAUCAGCGGGGCCCGAUCCCCUCUACAGAUGGGCGACUUCAACUCGCAACCCUACUCCAUCAUCAUGCGAAUCCUCGAAUCAGGUGCAUCGCUGUCCGACGCGUGGGCUCUAACGAACCAAGCCCCACCCUCCAUCACGUCAAUCGCGCACCGUAAGCUCACCCCCGUCCAAACAAUGCUCGUCCACGGCAUCACGUGCGACUCGCCGCUCAACACCUACUCGGCCGCCAAAUUGGCGAAACGACAUCCACGCGACGAGACGCGCAUCCGAGGUGGUAAACGACUCGAUUACAUCCUCUUCCGAUCCCCACCCACGGCUUCGAGCAAGCUUCAAGUCGAAUCGACCAAAAUCGUCUUGACCGAACCGGUCCCAGGAUUAGGCGUUUCUUACUCGGAUCAUUUCGGCCUUGCAGCGACUUUCUCUUUCCAGCCGCAGACCCCGACUACCGAACAUGUUUCUCAUUCGAAUCAGGGCAGUAGAGGAAGCAUCUCGUCCGAGGAUCUAUCGACGAUGCUCAAGAACCUCAUGAUGGCCUAUCGACACGCGCUCGAGUGCCAAAAGAGGCAAUUCCAGCUCUUUGUGCUCGCCUUGUUCCUCGUCCCCGUUCUCGCGAUCGCUGCGAGCUACCAACCACUGAGGGGCGCACUGAGUUGGUUGUUCGUCGUCUUGGGUACCGCUGUGGGAGCUAGUGGCGCGACGAUGCUCUACACCGGCUUUGUGGGAGGCAAUUGGGAACGAGGGGCGCUGAGAAACGUCAUCGCCGACAUCGAGGCGGAGAUGGAGCGCAGGGAUGGAGACGGGCAAGUCAGACGGUGA